GCGGCGCCGUUAAUGAUUCAUUCGACGCUGCUGAUAUAAACUAUUGCAGCUUUUUAGUUUGCACUUCACAAGUGCAUCCUCCGAGUCCUGGCAGGUCAGCCGCUCCACUCUUAGACAGCACCAGCUUUUUGGCUCUGAUUUGCUCCCAGCGGGACAUGGCUCCUGGAUGGCUCUCGUGGCUUUGGUACCACAGGAACUAUUUCAUCAUCGUGCUGGUGCCGGUGUCCUUCCUGUGGCUCCCGCUGGUCUACCCCUCCUCUGAAGCGCGAUGCGGCUACGCUAUCAUCAUCAUGGCGCUGUACUGGUGCACCGAGUGCAUGCCGCUGGCCGUCACCGCCCUGCUGCCCGUCAUCCUCUUCCCCAUGAUGGGCAUCAUGGAGGCUGAAAAGGUGAGCAUCGAGUACCUGAAGGACUCCAACAUGCUCUUCAUCGGGGGUCUGCUGGUGGCCAUCGCUGUGGAGCACUGGAACCUUCACAGACGCAUCGCCCUGCGGGUCCUGCUGCUGGUUGGCGUUCGACCUGCCUUGCUGAUGAUGGGCUUCAUGGUGGUCUCCGCCUUCCUCUCCAUGUGGAUCAGCAACACGGCCACCACGGCCAUGAUGCUGCCCAUCGCCCGAGCCGUGCUGCUGCAGCUGAAGGAGACGGAGGCUCAGGCGGACGAACGAGAUUUCAACGCCAUCGAAAAUGAGGGAUUUGAGAUGGAGGAGAAAGAAAAACCCGACGGGAUUCAGGACGAGAAGCGUCCCCAGAUCACCGAGCUGGAGGGGAACCAUGACGUGGAGCGCAGCCGAGAGCUGAGGAGGGUGGAGAUCGAGAACAAGUACAGGAAGCUGACCAAAGGGAUGAGUCUGAGUGUGUGCUACUCGGCCAGCAUCGGCGGGACGGCCACGCUGACGGGCACCACCCCCAACCUCAUCCUCAAGGGCCAGCUGGACAAGAUCUUUCCUCAAAAUGGCGGCGUCAUCAACUUCGCCACCUGGUUCGGUUUCGCCUUCCCCAACAUGGUGCUGAUGCUGGUGAUCUCCUGGGUCUGGCUGCAGCUGCUGUUCUUGGGCUUCAAUCUGAAGCAGUCGUUCGGCUGCAGCGGGAAGAGCGAGCGCGACCGUGAGGCGUACGCCGUCAUGAAGCAGGAGUACAAGAAGCUGGGUGGCAUGAAGUUUGCCGAGGGAGUCGUGCUCUUCGUCUUCGUCCUGCUGGUUCUCCUGUGGUUCACCAGGGAGCCGGGCUUCAUCCCGGGCUGGGCCACCGUGCUCUUCAACACAGACGAAGUGAAGUAUGUGACGGACGGAACCACGGCCAUCUUGCUCUCCAUGCUCUUCUUCGUCAUCCCCUCGCAGCUGCCCAGGUGUGGGGGCUACGGUUUCAAGGAGAACGGUAAAGCAGUGAAGGCUCCUCCCACCCUGCUGACCUGGGACGUGGUUCAUGCACGGAUGCCCUGGAACAUCAUCCUGCUGCUGGGAGGAGGCUUCGCUCUGGCUGCUGGCAGUGAGGAGUCGGGCCUGUCCGAAUGGAUCGGGGAACGUCUGGCUCCCCUGCAGCAGAUCCCAGCCUACGCCAUCUCACUGCUGCUCUGCCUGCUGGUGGCGGUGUUCACCGAGUGCUCCAGCAACACGGCCACCACCACGCUCUUCAUGCCCAUCCUGGCCUCCAUGGUGAACCAGCCGCGCCCACUCACGGCCGCACACUCACUCUCUCACAGAUGUGUGAAGUCGUGCUGUCGUCCGCAGGCCGUCACCAUAGAGAUCCACCCUCUGUACGUGAUGCUGCCGUGCGCCAUCGCCGCCUCCCUGGCCUUCAUGCUGCCGGUCGCCACUCCGCCCAACGCCAUCGCCUUCUCCUUCGGGGACCUGAAGGUCACGGACAUGGUGGUCGCUGGAUUCAUGCUGAACAUCAUCGGAAUUCUGACCGUCAACCUUGGCAUCAACACCUGGGGGUACACCAUGUUCAACAUGGGCACGUUCCCGCCGUGGGCCAACAUCUCAGCGCCCAAACACUGAGUCCAGAGGAGAGGAGUUCAGGGAAGCGGGAGGAAACCAGAGGGAGACGAACCAAGUUGUAUUCCAGGGAGUAGGAGUGGGAGACGCAGAGCCUCUCAGGUGCAGCUCCUGCCACACGCUCUCCACUCCGCGUCUCAAUACUGUGAAAUAUUCCCAUUAGAUCAGACCCGGCCCACAGAACCUGCGAUGAGCCGGGUGGCGCCAGUUCUGGGGUCGACCCAGUGACACGUUCAGAGACGCUGCCUCGCCUUCUGAGGCUCGUUUCAAUGUGAAGAUGCUACUAUUUAUGAAUUGAUUUGGAUCGCACACGUGAAAUCAGCCAAUUUAAACUGGUUAUUUUAAUUUAUUCAUGAGAACAUGUUUUUGGCGCACAAGUCAUUGCUAAGAUGGUCCUCACAGCAGAGAACUAAAGUGUAUAUCAUAUUUUAUAUGUGACUUUAUAUAUAUAUAUAUUUCAGCACUUGCUCUUUUAGCUUAGCCUAGCAUAAAACAGCUAAGCUAAAGAUGCUAACUCUGAGUUCAAAAUGAAAUGACACUGUAUUUUAUCAUUUACUACAUGAAUGUAUUUAUAUAAAUAUAUAAAUUGAUUAUUAAUGAAGUGGUGUUGAAUGCUGAAUGUUGAAUGA